GCCAAUUCAAUAUCAACUAAUGUUCGUCUUUUUUCAAGGCUCAAAUCAAUAUUCGAGAGAGAGUACGACAUCGUUCCCACCAGCACUCGACACUCGCCAGUUUCUACGAAUAUAGACAUCAUGAGAAUAGUAGCUCAUCUCCGGACCUACAACAUUCUCGGCCGAGGUCCUUGCUUGGGCUGCGACCAUGUUCCGAUUGUUAGAGAUUUGUAUUGCGAAGGCUUUGAAAAACUGGAAGGAGGAUGCUUCCAAGACUUUAUGGAGCAAAUCUCCAAACAGAAUAAUGCUGAUGAUAUGGAAGGCACUCUCGCGUGUCUUUCGGCAGAAGAUGAGCAGACGGAAACUUAUAUAACGUCCUGUUUCCCUGGAGCCGAGCAGACGGAUGUAUACAAUAACCCAGAUAUGGAUAUGAUGCUGGAUGAUGAGGACGAUAGGGAUGAUGGUAAGGGUAGUGAAGAUGGUGAGGAUAGUGAGGGUGGUGAGGAUGGUGGGGGUGAGGAUGGUGAGAAUGGUGAGGAGGAUGAGGAGGAUGAGGUAUAUUUAUGA